UACGGCAGCCGCUGUGAGGCCUAGUGAGGCCUGUGAGGCCUGUGGAGCGGUGUAGGCCGCACGGUGCCUUGGAGCCGCUGUGAGGCCUAUGGAGCGGUGUAGGCCGCACGGUGCCAUGGAGCCGCAGCCGCCGGCAGAGCAGGUGCUCCGGCAGCUCGGCCGGCUCCUCUCUCAUCGUCCCGGUGCUCUCACAGAGCUGGGAGCGCUGCUGGAGGCCUCGGAGCCUCGGUGGCUGCUCGGUACCGGGAGCCCCGCAGCUCUGGUUGAGUUAGCGGCCCAGCUGAGCGACUUCGCGGCCCUCCCGGAGUGCGAGCAGGAUACGGCUGAGCUCCGAGAUGGGGACAAGGCCUACGAGGCAGCAGCUGAAAGAGCGGCCGGUGUUGGCGGUGUGUUCCUACGGCUCCUCGCUAAGCUGGAGGCGGCCAAGGCGGACGAGUCGCUUAAGCCAUUGGUGGAGCCGGUCCUGCGGCGUGUGAUGGGGUAUAUGUAUAUAUUGGCGGUGACACAUAUCGUGGAGGGAGCAUGGAGCAGCGCUGGGACCCGCGAGGUGGCUGCGGAGCUGUUGGAGGAGCUGGUGAGGAGCGUGGGAUGCGGGACGGUGGAGGAGCUGCUUCGGGGGAGGAAGGAAGAGGAGAAAGGAGGAUUCGAGGCGGUGAUGGGGCUGAUGAAGCCGCGGUUGAGCAAAGACACCUGGAAGCGCAACCCGGCCACCAAGCAUGUUUUCUCCUGGACACUGAUGCGCAUCACCCGGCCAUGGCUCAGCCAGCACCUGGAGCGUGUCCUCCCUGCAUCACUGCUCAUCUCAGAUGAUUUCCGGGAGGAGAAUAAAGUUCUGGGUGUGCGCUGCCUGCACCACAUCGUUCUCAAUGUGCCAGGUGCUGAUCUGUGCCAGUUCAACAGGGCUCAGGUUGUGUACCAUGCCCUUUACAAUCACCUCUACUCACGAGAGGCUUCUCUCAUCCAGGCAGUACUGCUGUGCCUGUUGGACUUGCUGCCAAUCCUGGAGAGAGCACAGCGGCAGCAACAGCAGCCCAGGCCAACCUCACCCUGGGAUGAGGUGUUGCAGCUGGUUCUGACCCACAUGGAGCCAGAGCAUCGGCUCGCACUGCGGAGGGUAUACGCCAGAACCCUGCCAGCCUUUGUGCAGAGACUUGGCAUCCUGAUAGCACGGCACCUGAAGAGGCUAGAAAGGGUUAUCCUGGGUUAUCUGGAAGUCUCUGAUGGCCCCGAUGAAGAAGCCAGACUGGGAAUAUUGGAGACACUGAAGUGCACUAUAGAGCAUGCUUGGCCCAGAAUGCCAUGCAGGCUCCCUGUGCUGCUCAAAGCCCUGCUGAAGAUGAUCUGGGAUGUCCACACUGACCAGGGCUCAACACCAGAGCCAGUGAGAGCUGCCUUGCUCCAGAGAGCCACUGAGUGCCUCAUCCUGCUGGACCGGUGCUCUGAAGGACAAGUGAAGAUUCUGCUGGAAGGAGUGUACAGCUGUUGCGAGGAGAACCGUGUACGGGAAUGCAUCAGGAGAGUGCAAGAGAACACAUGAGGCAUGACUGAACGUUCAUUCUGCUUUUUGUACAGUAAAAUAUUUUUUAUUUAAGUUA